AAUAAACGCGAUAAACAUGUGCUGUGUUGGUAUAUAAGGUCGUCACUGAUGUUAAUUACUAAUUAGUGUAUAUUUUAAAAAUUGACUUGAGAUGUGUUUUGAAAUAUAUAAUAUAAGAAAUUCCUACGUAAACUAGAAAAAUGCUACCUGGAUACGGAGCUGUGACACAAGCCCUUUUGGGUACGCUCCUGACGUGGGGUUUGACUGCCGCUGGGGCCGGCUGUGUCUUUUUUAUUCGAGGAAAACAUAGGAAAGUACUGGAUGUCUCACUGGGAUUUGCAGCAGGUGUUAUGACAGCUGCAUCUUAUUGGUCACUUUUAGAACCAGCUAUUGAAAUGUGUAAAGAAUCUGGAAUGUAUGGUGAUGAAGGACAGUUCGCAUUCGUACCUGUUGCUGUGGGAUUUCUAUUUGGAGCUAUAUUUGUUUUUGGUACAGACCGUUUCCUGGACUAUCUAGGAAUAAGUUCAACAAAUAUGAUGAUAAGUAUUACAAAGAGCAAAGAUUCCAAAGAAAAGCUCGAAGACUUGGAAAUGAUGACGGCAUUGAACCGGCGAUCAUCGAAUCCCACAGUUGUUACGAUGGAGGCACCUCAGCCGGUUGAGUUCGCAGAUUGCAUCUCCAACCAGCACACGGCUCAAAGAAGAAGGCACCAUCACUCACAACAUUCACUUAAAAAUGGUGAAGUUGGUGAAGGUGAUAGAAGAGACAGUGUUAUGCGGACACUAGAAGCACGUCAGUCUCAGUGGAAGAGGAUAAUGCUUCUGGUAGUGGCUAUCACAGUCCAUAAUAUACCAGAAGGUUUGGCUGUGGGUGUGGCCUUUGGAGCCUCUGCAUCAUCCAGUAAAGCAUCAUUUCAUAGUGCCAGAAACCUGGCGCUAGGAAUUGGCAUCCAGAACUUCCCUGAAGGACUAGCUGUGAGCCUGCCUCUUCAGUCAGCCGGCUUCUCAGUAUGGAGAGCCUUUUGGUACGGCCAGCUAUCAGGUAUGGUGGAGCCAGUCUUCGGGGUGCUAGGUGCUGUGGCUGUUGCGUAUGCGCAACCAGCUUUGCCCUACGCACUGGCCUUCGCGGCGGGUGCCAUGAUAUACGUAGUAGCUGAUGACAUCAUCCCUGAGGCGAAUGCGUCGGGUAACGGCAAGUUGGCUACGUGGGGCUGCAUCAUCGGUUUCCUGGUGAUGAUGUGUUUAGACGUAGGACUUGGGUAAUUCAACAAACAUACAAUCACGCUGUGCCUUUCACGACUUAUUCGUUUGAGAUAGUAUACGUAAAUUUUAGACACUUUUUUGAGUUUGACAAUGCAAUAAUAAGAAAUCUUAGUGCCGUACAUCGCUCUAUAAAACAUACAGGGGUAUGAUAUUUGACGCACAUAUUUUUUUAAAUUCGUAGUUCCUUUUGAAGUAUGAAAAGUUAAAGAGUGCGUAAAAAUGUAGGAAUUGACGUUAAAAGCCAAAUUGUGGCUUAAAACUUAAAAAUCACUUGGGACUAUUUUUAUUUAUUCAUCUUUUCGUUUAAGAUCGCAAUGUAGCGACGUCAUUACUUCAUUAUACACACUGACUUCUUACCACAACUCUCGUAACUGAAUUGGGUAAGAUUCAGUAAUGAGGACGUAUUUUUUUUGGAUUUUGAUAUAGGAAGUGAUAGUUCACGCUAGUUUCUAAAUAUCACUCAAAGAGUCUACAAAAUGGCUGUAAAUUGCUGAAGACAAUGAUUACAACACAUUUAUUUUGCAAUAGAAUUCGCUAAUGAGGAACUACAAUAAAAUAAUGAAGUUUUUAGUACGUUGUUUUCUCAAAUGAAUAUAUUUCGAGUGUGCUAAUGGAUUGAUUUGCCAAAUGUUACUGUAUAUAGUAUGUAGGUACUAGCUUAUUUAUAAACGUACUUAAUCUGUUGAUAUAUAUUCGCAAUAUGUAUGAAUAUUUAAUGAUCAUAGUACGUUUAUCAAUAAGAUCUCCCUGAAAGGUGAGAGUGUAAAACAAAAGAUGGCGCGUUUCGUUUGUUUCUGAUUGGUUGAACGGAUCGUGUCGCGUGUCUGUAAUUGGUCUAAAUUGACCAAUCAAAACGCGCCAUAAAUUAACUUACAUUAUUGUAAUGUAAAUUAAAAUUUUAAGUGUAAAUAUAUGAAAGUAUUCUUUAAACUUAGUUUUAUUUUCUGAUUUAUUUGACGUUGGCUGUAAAUAGCUGGAAUAUGAGAUUUAUAUUUAUUUUGGAGAAUUGAUACGCGAUCGAAAUGAUAUGAGUAACAUGUUGUGGCGUUUAAUACAUAUUCGUACAAAGUACUUAUUGUAAUUUAGUCGUUUAAUGUAUUUUUAACGAAUUUGUUAUGUAAUUAAAAGUUAAGUAU